AUGAAUCUGCUAGCUGACUUGCCUGACGGCGUGCUUCAGCGCAUCCUCCAAUUCCUCCCGCAGCAGGCCCUCCUCAAUCUAGCACUCACCAACUACCGUUUCUACACUCCGUGCCUCCAACAACUCUAUGCCCACAUCACCAUUCAAUGCACUCCCAUACUUAGAAUCUCCUGUUCAAAAGAGGCUGCGAAAUCUCCAAGAAAGCCGGAUUUCUUGGACUCCACCCAGACCACCAUCUACGGCUUGAACCACAGCUACGAUCAGGGCAAGGUGUAUCCAAUUUCGACCCAGCUCAAGUUGGUUGGUGCUCGGUUGACAAUAUUGAACGCCUCGCUCGAAGUCAAUCCUACACUUCUCACGUACAUCCAGAGCAUUCGGGUGGUCAAUGGGUCCAGCGAGCGUGACAACUACGAAUUCCGAUCCGAUACCGUCGUAGUCCAAAAUCUACACAAAUUGUUGGAUUUGUUAAAAGGCACUUCGAUGGACAGAAUCUACAUCGGCGACGAGAAACUACGAAACAUGUUGCAGGUCAAUACCCGAGGCAUAAGGCUCAAGUCCAUGGUUAUAGACAAUUCCAGCGAACUAAAACGCAUUUCAUUACCUGUGGAGGAAAUACUUUAUAAUGGGACCGAUGAAAUUUCAUUCCAUGCGAGUGUUUCAGUUUUGGAAAACCUAAAAUCCCUCAUUUUGCCAGUGGACAACGAGGCCUACUGGCGCUUCAUGGGCCCCGUCUUGCAAAAGGGUGUUGUUUUCAGGAAAUUGGAAAAGUUCAGAUUGGUGCUAAAUUCUAAUGAGCCAGAAAAUGCCUCGAAUCUUUUGCUUCUGGAACGCAUCAAGUGGACAGGGAUAAAGGAGCUAGAAAUAGUGGUAGGCUCGCCACCAGGCUAUAACGACGCAAGCGAUCUAUUGGUGAUUGACUGUUUGAACACCAUACCUUCUGAGCUGUUAAUUAAUCUUAAAAGAUUAUCUAUCGUCCAGAAAUUUGAGUAUGAUACACACAAAAAGAACGAGUUGUAUGACAUUAAUAUUUUCACGUUUAUCGGCCAGGUUAUCCAAUCCCAGUUAGACCAAGAAAAGCCAGCUUUGCUGUAUUUGAGCAUUAUUCACAAUCUUCCAGAGUUAGGAAAUUUUAUUGAUGGUUUCGAGGGUAAUUAUCUCAGGAGAAAGAAGUUGUACUCUGCGGUUUUACCAAAGAUACUUUCAAAAUCCAAGAGUGCUAUUGAGCUUGCAUUGCCCAACUUUUUUCAAUCGUUAGCGUGCUAUGAGCAGCCGAUGAACACAAUGCUCUGGAACGGCUGUAAGUGUUCCCAUUGCAAAAAGCACUUGGAGUUGUUGGAUCAAUACUUGUUGUACCACAAAUAUUACAAUAAGAAGUACGGUGCAUGGAAAGACAUCAAUUCGAGUUUAAUCAUGUUCACCAUUGGCCAAGCUUUGUUGGAGAGGAUGAAACCAUCACCAGGCCUGUUGGCGACACACUUGGAAUACGGGCAGGCUCCGUUGAGUGACUUUUUAUGGAACUAUCAUGACAGUACCUUCAAUGUUCCGUUCAGGUGCUAUGACACACAAGUGGUGGAUCAAGGAGAAUUCGAUGAAAUUGACAAGCUCGAUGGAGAGAAUCAAGAGGUGGAGGAUGUAUUUUUCGAUUCGACUGAGAAAAUAAAGCCCUGUUCAUUCAACCAAUUGUACUACAAAAACUUGACUGUUUGUAUUGCCCACUACAUCAAUGACUUCAUUUUACAGAUCAUCAACUUGAAUAGGGGCAAUGCAGAGGAGUUGGUGAUUGGGGAAGAGCUCAAGGACGGGGGCGAUGACGACAUCAAAUUGAAAAUCCCAAGACUCAUAAUCAAUGGAAUCUGCUACAAUUUGGACAAGGAAUUGAAUGGCACCAACUUCUUUGAAAACGUAUUUGACGAUUGCAUAUAG